GUGCCUACACCAGAGCACUAUGGUUGUGUGGUCAACAUGCUAUGCCGGGCAGGAGAAGUAGCCAAGGCAUGGGAGAUUGCUACCAGGGAGGGAUGUGGACGUGAUAUUGGCGUGUCUACAUGGGGCGCUCUGCUCAGUGCGUGCCGUAGUUGCGGCAAUGUUGAGUAUGGGAGAAUGGCAGCUCAGAGGGCAAUUGAGAUGGAGCCUGGGAAUGUCGGGAUUUAUGUCGAGUUGUCAAAUCUGUAUGCAAGUGCUGGCUUGUGGGAGGAGAUUAACGAGCUAAGGGAGGUGAUGAAUGAAAGGGGUUUCGAAAAGCAUGUCGGGUCUACUUGGGUUGAUCAGAAUUCGUGAAAUGGCCUACAGAAAUUCAAAGAUCUUCAUAGGACCAUAUGAUUUGAUCGUCAUGAUUCAGGGCAAUCUGGUUUUAUUAUAAGCUGUCACCAUAUCUACAAGAUAACCAAAUAUCUGUUGCUGGGUCAAUAUUUGAAGUGGAAUCCUGCUGACACACAAGAUCAUCAGACAGAAACUAAGAACACACUUCAGAAGGUAAAGAGAAACUAGACCUUAACCCUCAUUGCGGAAACCCAACCAGGAGCCGAGUUGGUACAUUUUCCCUCAAAUGAUUCCUGCACCUCAACUGCUCAAGAACCGGACCAACUCUAACUUCACAGCCAGGGCAGGAAUCAAAUGGAAAGGGCAGAAAGAGAACUUGUAAGAUAAAAAGGGGAAGAAAGGAAUGCAUUCCAAGCUUGCCUUCCAUUGGUUUUCUCUGACUAUAUAAACACUCAAGUUUCCUUACAUCUUCUAAGGAAAAAUAACUCUCUCUGUCCUCUCUCUUUUACCAAUAAUGGGUCUUCCCUUUAGUGCAUUCAACAAGUUUGGGCUGCCGGGAAUUAGCUCGGUAACUACCGGACAAGUUUAUGAUCGACAUUUCAAGGACAGGGAAACUGGCAACUUUAGAGAUUUUCAUAUUGCCUAUGUCGAUUUCUGCCAGUAUUUCAACACUGUAAUGCCUGGCCAAGAUUUCGAUACUCCAGGACUUGGAGAUAUUAAGGACUUCUAUGAAAAAACAUGGGAACCUCUGAAGGACGAGGUCGAAAAGAAAAAGACAUUCAUUAAGUUCAUGGAGGAAAAUAUCCACGAGGCCAAAGUUGACGACAGCCUCUUCAUCAUGGCCGGCUUGGCUGCACCAGCAGCAGCCAUCAUUGCCAAGAGGAGCAGCGAGAGCAUCCCUCAGGUGAAGAAGUUCAAGCUGCAGUACAUCCCCAACGUCGUGUUUGUGCCGCUGUGCACGCUGUUCGCCAUCAUGGGUGCCACCGCAGUCCAGAUGAAUAAGAAGAACAAAAAGCCUACCAGCUGAUGAUCUCAUAUCGCUAUGUCUGUAGUUAAAAUAAGAUGGACAUAAUAACCCUAAGAAACCUGGAACGUGUAUAUCAUCCAAGUUAUGAUUCUAUAAAUUUGUUGUAACCUGUAAGGCACGUGGUAAAUUAAUGCUUCCUUUCAUCACUGAAAUAGCCAAGGAAAUGAAAGGGGAGAUUGAAAAUUCACCAUGUAACAAGUUUAUUCCAGUUUGCCUUUUGUUUUUAUUUUGUUUCUAUAUAUAAAUCUUCUGAAAUUAACAUCAA